AUGUCCGCACCUGGAGCUCUUUCGACUACUAGCACUUCCGCCACAUCAUUGAUCGCUCCCCCUGCUACGCCUCCAGAUACCCUGGACCUCGAUAAUAUCCAGGGAGACAUCUUGAGCGGCCUUCCAAAAAAGACUCAGUCAUAUAUUUUCUUCCAGAUCGUCGACGUUACAAAAUUUAGGGCGGAUCUUGCUCGAUUCGUACCAUUCGUCAAGACGGUAGCGGGGGUUCUCAAAGACAGAGACCUGAUCAAAGAACACAAGAAGAAGGGGCAUAAGACCCUUAUCCCACUGGUUGGUGUGAAUAUUGCGUUCUCCCAUCUCGGCUUUGUCAAACUUGGUAUUGAUGACAGCUCCUUGGGUGGCGCCACAGAUCCAUUCAUCAUCGGACAGUUCAAAGACUCCACCCAAAACCUCGGAGACGCAGGAACGCAAACUACCUCGGGACUCGUACCAAACUGGGACCCAGCCUUUGUCCAACCCUUACACGGAGUCAUCCUCAUUUCCGGAGAAAGUCACGAAACACUUCACAAGAAGAAACUUGAAAUCGAGUGCAUCUUCGGCGUUCGCACUAUCCAACCUUCGAUCUUCGAGGUCACCAGCCUCAGGGGUGACGUACGACCUGGAGUUGAGUCGGGGCACGAGCACUUUGGGUUCCUCGACGGAAUUUCGAACCCGGCCGUCACUGGGUUUGAUAAAGAUCCUAACCCCGGACCUGUGCCCGUUAAUCCAGGAGUUAUCGUCACCGGACACACAGGAGACCUCGACCAAGCCACAAGAGCUGCGUGGGCGGUCGAUGGCAGCUUCCUCGUCUUCCGUUACCUGUUCCAGCAGGUACCUGAGUUUAACGACUUCCUCCAGAAGAAUCCUAUUGCCUUCCAGGACCUUACCCCUGAGGAGGGAAGCGACCUUCUUGGUGCCAGGUUGGUAGGUCGCUGGAAGAGCGGUGCUCCGAUCGACUUGUCUCCCUUCAAGGAUGACCCCAUGCUUGCAGCGGAUCCUAAGCGCAACAACGAUUUCAAGAUUGAAGGGGAGAUCAACUCACAAUUCCGCUGCCCUUUUGCCGCACACGUCAGGAGGACCAACCCACGUAACGACUUGGAAGCCCUGCCACCCCCGGUUGGACCCAUUUCAGUCCAGAAGAAUCGCAUUUUGCGCCGUGGUGUGCAGUUCGGCCCUGAACUCACGAAAGAGGAGAAGACGACUGCGAAAACCGAGUAUGGUCGGGGACUCCUCUUUGCUUGUUAUCAAACUAGCAUCACGAACGGGUUCCAAUUCCUUCAGAAAGCGUGGGCGAACAAUCCCAAGUUUCCUCUCGGACAAACACAGCCUGAGGAACCCGGAUUGGAUCCUCUUAUUGGGCAAGGUGUUCGCAGCAUGUCGGGGACUGAUCCCAAUAACGAGGAGAAGGUUAUCAACGGAAUGCCUGAUUUCAUCAUUCCUCGCGGCGGUGAAUACUUCUUCUCCCCCUCUUUGAAAGGUUUGAGGGAAACUUUGGCAUCCCCUCCUGUUACUGCCUGA